CAUGGGAAGAUACACAAAAUUCUCUGAUUACAGGGUUAUCCUUUGUUUAAUGGGGUGGUCUUUAGUUUAAGAUUUUCCGUACAGAUGGCAGAGACAAUAGGUGGCAGAGGUGUACAGUAUAGCAGCAGCAGCAGAUGCAACAGAGGAGAGAGGUGCAGUCAUAAUAUAUGAGAGAGCACAGUACACCACCCAGGAGGAGUGUCAGAAAGGCAGCAGCACUAUGAUCAGAUCCCCCAUUAGUUUCCACACAAGAUUCUGCAGCCCAACCCAUAUGCUCCCUCAAUUAAUUCAAUAUAUAUUAUACAUACAUGUACACUACAGUAUAUAUCUACAAUCCCUCUCUAUCUCCCUCUCAGACACACACAGUCACACACUUUUUUCUGCCUUGCCUUCUCUGAACCCCUCUUAAAGUAAGUUUGUUUCAUUUCUCUCUCUCUCUCUCUCAUUCAUGAGUGGAAGAAAUAGUUUCCCCUUCACUGCAUCUCAGUGGCAGGAACUUGAACACCAAGCUCUUAUCUUCAAAUACAUGGUUUCUGGUGUACCCAUCCCAUCGGAUCUCCUCUUCACUCUCAAAAGAAGCUUGGACUCUUCAAACCUCAUCCUUCACCAACCUCAACAUAUUGGGUGGAACUGUUUUCAGAUGGGUUUUGGGAGAAAAAUUGAUCCAGAGCCAGGGAGGUGCAGAAGAACAGAUGGAAAGAAAUGGAGGUGCUCAAAAGAAGCAUACCCAGAUUCCAAGUACUGUGAGAGACAUAUGCACAGAGGCAGAAACCGUUCAAGAAAGCCUGUGGAAAUUCUGACAUCUUCUACUACUACCAUCCCAACACCAACACCAACACCAACAAUACCCAUCUCAUCAAUCUCCAAAAACACCACUACUUUCACCCAAUCUGAUACCACUUCUCUCUCUCUUUCCUCUCUCUCAUCAAUCCCCUCUGACACCCACCACUACCACCACCACCACCAACACCAACAUCUUUCCUGUUACAACACUCAUCCCCACCACCCUUUCUUUUAUCCCCCUUCAAAACCUCCAGGGAUUGGUUUUUCAUCUCAAGACAAUACUACCCACCACUGCCUUUUGGACUCUGCUCCUUAUUCCCAUACAGACAAAGAUUACAGAAAUAGGUAUUACGGAGGAAUAAAAGAGGAGAUUGAUGAGCAUGCUUUAUUAUUCUCUGGAACUCCUGGGACUAUGAGAAGUUAUGCUAGUCCUUCAAUGGAUGAUUCAUUGAAGCUGACGCCACUAGCAAUGGAUACUACUACCCAUUUGAAACAGAGGACUUGCUCUGAUUUUCGAAGUGGGCAUUCUUACCUGCAGAUUCAAGGUCUGACUGAUGCCUCAAAACAACAACAAUUCUAUGCAUCGGAUAGUGAUGUCAAAAAAUGUGAAAUGCCCGUUCAAAUUGAGAGAGAGACUGAACCCCACAAAGUAAUGCACCAUUUUUUCGACGAAUGGCCACCGAAAAACAAAGGUUCGUGGCUUGAUUCGGAUGAUAAAUUGUCCAAGCCUUCGCAGGUUUCUACAACCCAGCUCUCAAUUUCCAUACCCAACUCUUCGCAUGACUUCUUCAUCACCAGUAAUGGUAAUGAUAAAUGAGUUUUUAAUAGUGGGUUUCUGUAUCAAUGGUCAAAAGAGUGCUCAUGGUGGUGGUGGGUCAGAGCUCUCUCUCCUCUUGUUUUCUCAUACACAUCACAUAGUACUUGUGCAGUGUGAGAACCUAGAACACCUCUUUCUUUAGUUUUUGUAACUAGUAAUUAGAUUGAGUUGUGCUUGUGUUAAAUUGAAGAAUGUUCCUUUCCUCUUUCCUUUUAAUAUGUUCUUUGACUGUCUCAGCCAAAACCCCUGGGGUGUUGGCACCUCAUGUUUGUAUGUUCUUUGUUGAAGUUUUUCCUAUAUUUACUUUCAAAAACUCGUUAAAGUCU